CUCCCCUCCCCACUCCCCGUCGCCCCCGCCCCCGGCCGCGGCUCGGGGCCCCGCUUCCUGCUUCCGGUGCCGGGGCUAUAAGAGCCGCUUCCGCCUCACAGCGCGACCUGCGGGGGGGACCCGGCCGUCCAGCGGCGCUUAACGUCCCGGGAGAUCGCGCUGCCUGUGCCAUGAACGCCCGCGGGCUGUGCACCGAGAAGGCCGCCGCCUUCACCCGGCGGCUGCGGGCCGAACCUCAGUUCCUGCUGGCCCAGAACGUGGCGACCUGCAACGACCCCCUGGAGGUCUGCCUGCAGCGGCAGGUGGUGCAGGAAACCGUGCAGGUCUUCCAGCACGCUGUGCCCGCCGAGGGCAAGCCCGUUACCAACCAGAAGAACUCCGGGAGGUGUUGGAUCUUUUCCUGUCUCAAUGCAAUGCGUCUUCCAUUCAUGAAGAAAUACAACAUUGAAGAGUUUGAGUUCAGCCAGUCCUAUCUCUUUUUCUGGGAUAAGGUUGAACGUUGUUACUACUUUUUAAAUGCCUUUGUGGAAACAGCUCAGAAGAAGGAGCCUGUGGAAGGAAGACUGGUACAAUUCCUGCUCUCCAACCCCACAAAUGAUGGUGGACAGUGGGAUAUGCUGGUUAACAUUAUUGAAAAGUAUGGUGUUGUCCCCAAGAAAUACUUCCCAGAGUCUCAUACCACAGAGGCUACUAGGAGGAUGAAUGAGAUCUUGAAUCAUAAGAUGAGAGAAUACUGCUUGCGGCUAAGAAACAUGGUGGAUAGUGGAACAAUGAAAGGAGAACUUUGUGCUGCAAUGGACACCAUGAUAGAAGAGGUGUUCAGAAUAGUGAGUACCUGCCUGGGCAGCCCUCCGGAGACUUUCUGUUGGGAGUUCAGGGAUAAGGAGAAGGUCUACCACAAGUAUGGCCCCAUGACACCCCUCCAGUUCUACAAUGAGCAUGUGAAGCCUUACUUCAACAUGGAGGACAAGAUUUGUCUUGUGAAUGAUCCUCGACCUCAGAACCCAUACAACAGGCUGUAUACAGUGGAGUACCUGGGCAACAUGGCAGGAGGGAGGAGAACACUUUAUAACAACCAGCCUGUUGAUGUCUUGAAAAAAUUAGCUGCAGCAUCUAUUAAGGAUGGCGAGGCUGUGUGGUUUGGCUGUGAUGUUGCAAAGCACUUCUAUGGCAAGCUGGGAAUCAAUGACCUGAAUAUAUUUAAUCAUGAGCUGGUGUUUGGUGUUUCCAUCAAGAACAUGAACAAAGCAGAACGAUUAAUCUUUGGAGAAUCAAUGAUGACCCAUGCCAUGGUCCUGACAGCUGUCACUGAGAAGGAUGGGCAAGAAGAUUCAUUUGAAAAAUGGAGAGUGGAAAACUCCUGGGGUGAAGACCGUGGUAAUAAAGGUUACCUGAUCAUGACUGAUGACUGGUUUUCUGAGUACGUGUAUGAAGUUGUGGUGGAUAAGAAGCAUGUACCAGAUGACGUCUUGGCAGUGAUGCAGCAGGAACCAAUUGUUUUGCCAGCCUGGGACCCUAUGGGGGCUUUAGCCAAGUGAACUACAGAGUAUUUGCCUCUUAAUGGUCAACCAGAAGUAGAUGCAAUAGAGAAUUCCAGUGGUUGGAAGCCAUAGCCAAAUGAUGAUGUGACCAAGCACUCAGCAUGGUCCAUAUUCUUGAAAUAUAAGUUAAGGAUCUUUGGGAAAUAGCGCUUUACUGACUUGGCUGAAUAAAGCUCUCAGACAGGCUACUCUGCAAAACUAAAAAGGGAAAAGAAAAAAAAAAACCUCAUCAUGAAAAUGUAUUACAAGUGCUGUCAAUGGCAGUUUGAUUUUACCUUAAAUUUUUAAAUUAAAAACGGCUUUAACUCAAUAGAAUUAUUUUGACAAGUGUUUUCACUGGAAAAGAUGGCCAUAAAAGGCCUUCCUUUAGAAUUAACAGUAAGGUGAUUGUUAGAACAAAUACAUCAAGGUACUUAUAAAUUAACCAUCCAUGGUGUGACUUGUACCACAGAAGAAUAUCCAAACUAUUUUAUAUAUUUACAUUUUUAGUUUUGCUGAAGUGCUGGAGGGGACAUAGGAACUGAAACUGUUAAAUUACCUUUAGAAAAAUUUUUCUUCCAGCAGAACUGGAGGGGAAAAAUUGUUUCCUUGAGGUUUCCAGUUUGUUGGGUUUAUUCUUCCAUUACUGAGCUAGGACUGGAUAACCCAUGUCGAAGUCCAGUGCUAUGUCUGUGUGCACAGGGGCGCUGUUUUUCAGUUCUGUUAGCAAGAACAACCAUAAAUGUGUUCACAGGUGGAGUUAGUGUCAUGCUUAACAGAAAAAACCCCAAUGUUUUAAUUGCUGCAUUUUAUUUGGAUGUUU